UCCCAACCUAAAUUUUUUUACAAAACAAAGAGAUAAAAAUACAAAAUUACAGUAUCAAGUUCAUUGUUCAAUUUGAUAAAUAAAGUCUUAAUAUUAAUUAUGACAAAUAGUGAAAUUUAAUCAUUAAUCGUCGCAAAUAUCACUUGAUUCUUUUGAUUAUACAUAUACAUCAUCAAUUCUGGAAAUAAGAUAAAAAAAUAUUAAUCAAAUACAUUGUUUAUAUUGCGUUUCUUCUUGUCAAAUCAAGUAUGUCAGAUAAAAUAAUUUCAAAAGGGAACAAUUUAAAAUGUCGUCGUGGAAAUCGAGGUGUAAAAAAAAGUUCAGAACCUAAUGAUAGUGAUCUGUCAGCAAUUUUUUCCUCAUUUCUUGAUCUAUCCGGUUCUUUUGAAUCAAAAUCACUAAGACGACCGAAAAUUCCUUUAAAUCAUGCUCCUUUUGUUGAGAAAAAUGCCGAAAUUCAUCAAAUGGUGGUAGAAUCUAGUGAUUGGAAUACAGUGUCCAAAAAUGGCAAGAAACAGAGGAAAAGGAAAAAUAAAAAUCCUCAGCAAAAUCAAGUUCAAAGUCAAAGUUUACAAACUCAAGAUGUAUGUAAAGAACAUAAUUCAAUUCAACAUGAGGAAAAAAAUCAUAUGAUUGCAGAAACCAAUGACUCGAAAAAAUUGCCAAAAAUUUUAAAAAGGCAGAGAAAAAAGAAAAAUGUCAUUCAGAGCCAAAAAACUAUUUCCAUUCAAACCAAUGAAGUUUCAAUAAAAGCACAAGUUAUUUCACUUCAAACUGAUGAAGAUAAUUUAUUAGAAACUCCACAAAUUGUUGCAGCUGAAUUUAAUGCAACUGCAAUUUCUUCUCAAGAGCAAGGAUCAAUUUCUGAAGGUAAAAAGAAACGAACAAGAAGAUCACAAAAAAAUAAAGCAAAAAUUUUAGAAAAUAUUAUAUCAAAUGAAUUGAGUCGAAUUCAAAUUAAAGAUGCAGAAAAUUGUAUUGAAAAUGUGACAGUAAAGAAACAAAAUAGGAGAAUUUUCACUAGUUCUAAUCUUCGUAAAAAGACAAAAUCAGACAAAAAAUCUAAUUCACAGAUAAAAAUAAAAUCAGAAAAUGGUGAGUCUUCCAGUCCAGAGAAUAAUAAGGAGAAAAAAGAUCCAGAAAAAGAGAGAUUUCCUCCCUAUAUUGCUAAACAGGAAGUUGUCAAAUUAUUAGAAAAUCAAUCUAAAGAUAAUCCAGAUUUUGUCGAAGGAUACGUUCGUAUAAAUAUAAAAUUUUACAAACAUGCUUAUGUUUCUGUAUCGGGACAUGAGAUGGAUAUUUUAAUUGUUGGAAUUCGUGAUAGAAAUCGUGCACUCGAAGGUGAUUUAGUGGUUGUUUCAAUAAAUCCCGAGGACAAAUGGCAUACACAUUCAACAAAUGAAAUACAAAAGACUGGUGUUAUUGUUUGUAUUCUCGAAAAAAAUCAUCCACGCAAAGCAAUUGGAUUUAUUAAGAAAAAUCAAUCGGGAAUUAUAUUUCAACCACGUGAUUCACGUGUUCCUUUUAUGAAAAUUACUAAUCCACAAAUUUUACCACCAAUUUUUCACGAAAAUCCUAAAUCUCUUGAGAAUACACUUUUCUUAGCUAAAAUUAAUUUUUGGAUUAAACCCGGAUUUGCUUUUGGGAGAUUGAAACAAAGCGUUGGUAAUACUGGCGAUUUAAGGAUAGAAACAGAUGCUAUUCUUCUUGAAAAUGAUUUAGAUGUAAAUCCAUUUGAUGAUGGUAUGCUAAAAGGGCUUCCUCCUGGGAAUUAUAUUCCUACUGAACAGGAUCUAGAAGGACGAGAGGAUUGGCGCAAUCAUUGUAUUUUCACUAUUGAUCCUGCGACUGCUCAAGAUUUAGACGAUGCAGUUUCUUGUCAAUUAUUAGUUAAUGGCAACUAUGAGGUGGGCGUUCAUAUUUCUGACGUAACUCAUUAUUUAAAAGAAUUCACGGCGUUAGAUGAAAAAGUGUCAGAACGUGCAACAACUGUUUAUCUUGUUGACAAUGUAUUUCAUAUGCUUCCAAAACAAUUGUGUGAAAUUUGUUCACUUAAACCUGGACAAGAUAAACUUACAUUUUCUGUUAUUUGGGAAAUGACACCAUCGGCCGAAGUUGUUAGACAACGAUUUGCAAAAACUGUCAUUAAUUCAUGUUGUCAAUUAAGUUAUGAUCAAGCACAGGCAAUGAUUGAUAAUCCAUUAAUUGAUUGGUCUAUGGAUUCUCAAUUAAUUGUUAAAGGUGAACAUGACGGUACACAAUUAUGCGAUAUUAUAAAUGAUUUAUAUAAAUUAUCAUUGCAAAUGCGUGAUAGACGAUUUGCUGCCGGAGCUUUAAGAAUUGAUCAACCAAAAUUGAUGAUUACACUUGAUCCUAGAACUGGAUAUCCGUUUUCUUGUUUUAUUGAAGAAAACAAGGACAGUAAUAGGCUAAUUGAAGAAUUUAUGUUACUAGCUAAUAUGUCAGUAGCUAAGCAAAUUUAUGACACAAUGCCGGAAGUUGCUUUACUUCGAAGUCACAAGGAGCCUUCGAAUCGUAUUUUAACACAAACUCGUGAUAUGCUUGUAAAAUUUGGCGUAAUUCUUGAUAUUGAAUCAUCUGGUGCUUUGCAACAAAGUUUAACAGAUUGUGACGUUGAGUCAUCGUCAAAUUUUGCAACUAAAAGUAGAAUGUUGGUAAUAAAUUCACUUUGCGCAAAGUCUAUGACGAGGGCAAUUUACAGAUGUUCUAAUUCAAUAAAAAACGUGGACGAUUUAAGGCAUUAUGCCUUAAGUGUACCUUUCUAUACACAUUUCACAUCGCCAAUUCGACGUUAUCCUGAUUGUAUUGUUCAUCGAUUAUUACAUGCAUCGAUUAAAAAUCUUCCUUUAUCUCCAAAGUGGAACUCUGCCUUGUGCGCCAAAUUAGCAACGAAUUGCAACGUAAAGAAAUAUUCAGCAAAAGUGGCACAGGAACAGAGCACUGAAUUGUAUUUUACUUUUUUGCUUGAAUUAAGAGGUCCAACAAAUGCACAAGCAGUUGUUAUGGAUGUUAAGGAUCGAAGCAUUGAUGUGAUUAUCAUUGACGUAGGAUUAAAAACUCGAAUUUAUAUUUCUGAUAUUGAAGAUGAAGUUUCUGCCGAAUAUUCAGUAGAACAUUCUGCGCCUACUAUGAAACUUAAUUGGAAAAAAACAGGCUUACAACAGGUAAUAAACGUUUUCAGUAUUAUUGAUGUACUGAUUCAAAAGCAUCCUUCAUUUUUCCGUCUACAUGGAAUUAUCUUACCUCCAACUGAUAAUAAUAUAAAUACAAACAAAAAGCAAAAAAGAAGAACUCAAAAAUAAAUGAGCGCUAAUUUGAAAUAUUAAACUUGAUUAACAUGUCAAGUUGAUUGAAGAUAAUAACUUCAUUUAUGGAAGUUUAAAAAAAAUUUACCCUUUAAAGUAAAAUAUUUACUAAAGUAAAUGUUAUAUUUGAUCUCGACGUCAAUUUCAAUUCUCAACUUGCGUCUAGAAUUGUUAAAAACACUUCAUUUUUUUUCUGAUACAGAAAAUAUUUCGAAAUUUUUGUCAUCUAAGCCGUCUCUUCUUUUGCAAUUUUAUUUAUGAGUACCUGAUUUAUUAUCUGAUGCUUAUUGGGUGCAAAGAAUGUACAAAACAAAAAAAACUGAGAAUUUUUCUCAGAAGAAUUUUGUUAUAUUUUUUGUCGCAAUUAUUAACUUCAAGUAUAGAUAAAGUAAAAAACUAUAUUGGAAAAUGAAUUUUAGCUUCCUUUUUUUAGAGAAGCAAAUAUAAAAAAGAUUCUGAUGGAACUUUAAAAAAAAGAAAGGUAAAUCUUUUUUGCAAAAUUACGUUAUCCUGUCUUUAUUUUUCUCACUGUUCAUUCUCCAUAAUUUUGAUAUAUAUAUUUAUAUUAGAUGGUUUAUUUAAAAAAGGUACUCAAAUUUUAUUAAUAUUUAAUUUUCUAAUUAUUUUUUCAAGCGCUAAUAAAAGAAGCAUAAUUUUUUA